AUGUCUCUGUCCCGAAUCAUACCCGGAGCAACGGAUACGCUCUUCCACACCCCUAGAGCCACCCCAGCUCUCUUUAGGGGAUACAGAUAUGUACACAGGAAGACGCGUUCAAGUUUACCUUCUGGGUGCAGUUUGAUUAGGGCUGUGUCAUAUUUACCCAGAGCCCAUAUUAAUAAUAAUAAUACUACAAUUCCACGAACAUUCCCAUCCCUGGAAUACCCUAAAAGGAGCUAUGCCGAUUCAGCAGCCGCGAGCGGGAAAAGAGAAGCGGACCUCUUAGUUGAGGAAUUGGAAGAACUCUACCUAACCGCAAAAGACGAAUUCGAAAUAGCAACAGACUCAACCGACUCCUCAACAAUCUACGCCGCCUCGGAUCGGGAAUCCGCACGAGACGCCCUAAACCAGCUAAUCUCAAUCUACACCCUCUACACAAGCCCGGAGUUAUCUUCACCGACCUUCAACGAAGAGCAGCAGGAACAGGCGAAACCAAUUCGGCACGGCGAGGAUCGCGGUUUCGUUGAGGAUCAGUCUAGAUUGCAUGUUCAUGGACAGGGAGCCGUGCAUGAUGCGUCGGCGAAGGGACAGCAGGGGCAGAAGUAUCAGGAGGCUGAUCCGGAUGAGGAGAGUGCUGAGUUGGCGGGGAGGUAUGUGGAUGUUGAAACGAAUUUUGAUCCUACCAAGAUUCCGGUUGAAGUUAGGGCUGAGGUGAGGAGGAGAGUGGAGCAGAGGGUUCGAGAGUUGGAGGCUGCUGUUGAGGCUUUGGAGGAGAGGGCUAGUACUGAUUAA